CCCUGCGGCGGGCGUCUCCUGGCCUUUUUUCCCUCACCGUCACCGUCCUCGUCCCAAACAAAAGCUGCUGUCAGACGUUCCAAUCUCAGGCCAUCACUCUCUGCGUAUAUUAUCGACCAAACUGAAAGUACUUUAGCGAGCCAAACAGCAUAAAUAUCUUUUUUGGAAGGGGUAGUCGGUUGCAAUUUGCAAAAACAGUCUCUUCUUACCUCUCCCUCUAUAUUAGGAUUUAUACUCUUCAAACGACGCGAUGGGGAGAGCCAAAAAAGGCCCGAAAUUUGCAAAAAUGAAGAAGAUGAUUACCUCUAGAGCAAUUAAACAACAUAAAGAAGAAGUCUUGAAUCCAAAGAAAAAAGAUUUGUCCCUCGAAAAGCUCCCGAGAAAUGUGCCACAGGUUUCUUCAGCUCUCUUCUUCUCAUAUAACACAGCUUUGGGGCCGCCAUACAGGGUUUUGGUGGAUACCAACUUCAUCAAUUUCUCUAUUCAGAAUAAAUUGGAUUUAGAGAAGGCGAUGCUGGACUGCUUGUAUGCGAAAUGCACACCUUGUAUCACGGACUGUGUGAUGGCAGAACUUGAGAAGUUAGGUCAGAAGUACCGUGUGGCUUUAAGGAUUGCUAAGGAUCCACGUUUUGAGAGACUACCCUGUGUUCACAAGGGAACUUAUGCUGAUGAUUGUAUUGUUGAAAGGGUUACCAAGCAUAAAUGCUAUGUUGUUGCUACAUGUGAUCGAGAUUUAAAGCGAAGGAUCCGCAAGAUCCCUGGUGUGCCAAUCAUGUACAUUACUCAACACAAAUACUCGAUUGAGCGGUUGCCUGAAGCAACAGUAGGUGGAGCUCCAAGGUAUUGAUAAGUUUCCAGAAUGGGAGAAUAGAGGAUUUUGCCUGGGGCUCUUGAAUGUUAUUUAUCCCAUCUUCUAGAGAUAUAAUUGAUGUCGUUUACCAUGCGGUGACACUCUUGAGUGUAGUUGUUUCCUCCCUCCAAAUGAGGGUUGCAAUUUUGUUUCUUUUCUGUGAUGAGAGGAAAUACUCCCCGCUAUGCAACUGUUUUUAGCUUUUUCACUCUGUUUUAUUGCCCUAUAUGGCUAUAUCAUGCUUACAGGCUGAAUCCUGUAUUGGUAUUUAA